UUUUUUUUUUUUACAUCGUUUGAGUUUAUUUUCGCUGAAAUGAAGUAGUUCAGCCGGAAAAGAAAUGUUAAACAGUGAAAACAGUCAUCAAUCAAUCAAGGCCGUCGAUUGAAAACCGCAAACAGUAGCUUUCGUUUUUUUUUUUGUUUUUUUUUUUUAAAAAAACGCAAUUUAAUACCUCAGUUAACAGAUAGAUAUUCGUGUGCUGUUAUUUAAUACAGUUUUAAAUAUUGUAGGUAUCAUCUGGAAGAGUGAUUGAAAUCAAACAAAAUGAAAUUCCGGCCACCGUUCGUGCGGGCGCCAGGACUCGAAAGGGUGCACGAAUCCAUUCCGCAGCCUUGCCCCUUCUUUUGAGAAGCUUCUUCGCUGUUGCCAACAUCCACUUGAAUACCAACGCUCCUCCCGGGGAUCCGAUGCUAACGGGGCAGCUGAGCAAGCCGCCGCUCUCCUUCAUGCGCGGCGACAUGAGCGCGCUGGAACUCGGCGGGCGGGCCGACGACAAAGUGGCCGGCAGCCCCGACAGCGAGCUCAUCGACGAGACGCUGGUCCUGCCGGGCGAGGGCCCCGACCGGGAGGGCACCCCCGGCAAGUUGUACGGCGCCCGCGACAGUUCAGUCCAGUCCGAGCUCAGCAGCAGUCCCUCCGAGCAGAGUCAAGUAGGCCAGUCUCACCCGGGGUACCCCACUCUGGGUCCACAGUCCUUGCUGGUGGCCCAGCAGCUGGCCAACGCAGUGGGCGGCGUGAUGUCCGGGGCUGCAGCGGGCAUGAACCAGCCCAUCCUCAUCCCCUUCAACGCCGGCGGGCACCUGGGCGGGCAGCAGGGCCUGGUCCUCUCGCUGCCCGCCACCAACCUCCAGAGCCUGGUGGCCGCGGCCGCUGCCGGGGGCAUCAUGACUCUGCCCCUCCAGAACCUGCAAGCUACCUCAACCCUCAAUUCCCAACUCCAACACCUGCAGCAGCUCCAACAGAUGCACCACCACCACCAUCACCACCACCAGCAACAGCAGCAACAACACCAUCACCACCAACACGUGCAGAACCAAGUCUCGUCCCAGCACCAUCACAUGACCCCGCCCGGCCACCAGCAGUCGGAGCCGUCGCCGGGUUCCGCCUGCUCCUCGACGUCCGGGCCGCCGCCGCCGCAGUCGCCGCCGUCGCACCGGCCGAACCAGUCGCCCGCCCGCAGCCUACCCUCGCCCGCCACCCCUCCUAUGCCUCUGCCGCCGUUGAAUCCUCUGGCCAGCCAGGCGGCGGUGGCGGCGGCGGCGGCCGCCAUGGGCUCUCUGGCCGCCGGCUCCCAGGUGUUCGGCAACGCCCUGUCCAACCUGCAGGGAGGCGGCGGGCAGCUGGUGACCAACGCGCAAGGACAGAUAAUUGGAACGAUCCCCCUGAUGCCAAACCCGGCAGGACCCUCCAGCCAAUCAGGGGCCGGCAACCCGGCGCUGCAGGUGCCGCCCAUCACGCCGCAGCUCUUGACCAACGCCCAAGGCCAGAUCAUCGCCACGGUGAUCGGCAAUCAGAUCCUGCCCGUCAUCAACACCCAGGGCAUCACGCUGUCGCCAAUCAAGCCCGGACAGCAGGCCCAGCAAGGUGCGAACGGGCCGACCUCCUCCUCCUCGCCGUCCUCGUCCUCCCAGCCCGGCCUCCUCCACGUGCCCCAGCGGCAGAGCCCCCUCCACCAGCCCUCCUCCUCCUCGUCCACCUCCUCCUCCUCCUCCUCGGCGCUCAGCGUGGGCCAGCUGGUCAGCAACCCUCAGACGGCCCCCAGCGAGGUGGACGGCGUCAACCUGGAGGAGAUCCGCGAGUUCGCCAAAGCCUUCAAGAUCCGCCGGCUGUCCCUGGGCCUGACGCAGACCCAAGUGGGGCAGGCCCUCAGCGCCGCCGAGGGCCCCGCGUACAGCCAGUCCGCCAUCUGCAGACACACCAUCCUGAGAAGCCACUUUUUCCUACCGCAGGAAGCCCAAGAGAACACGAUAGCUAGCAGUCUGACAGGCAAACUGAACCCUGGCCUUUUAUAUCCUGCCAGGUUUGAGAAGUUGGACAUCACCCCUAAAAGCGCCCAGAAGAUUAAGCCGGUUCUGGAGCGCUGGAUGGCGGAGGCUGAGGCCCGCCACCGGUCCGGCAUGCAGAACCUGACCGAGUUUAUCGGCAGCGAGCCGUCCAAAAAGCGCAAGCGGCGCACCUCGUUCACGCCGCAGGCCCUGGAGAUCCUCAACGGCCACUUUGAGAAGAACACGCACCCGUCGGGACAGGAAAUGACCGAGAUCGCCGAGAAGCUCAACUACGACCGGGAGGUGGUGCGCGUUUGGUUCUGCAACAAGCGGCAGGCGCUCAAGAACACCAUCAAGCGCCUCAAGCAGCCCGACGUGGUGGGCGGGGGAGGCGGGGGGGCCGUCCUGCCGCCGCCGCCCUCCCUGGACCUCGGGGACCCGCUCCACGACGUCCCCCAAUGAGCCCCGGCCCCGGAAAUCCCCACCCCCUGGACUCUUGAAAAGACUUUGUGUCGUCGUCGUGAUUUUCACUUUACCAAAACAAAACAACAAAACAAACAAACAAAAAAAAGACUGAGAGAUUAAAAUGUGAGGAAGGCACGUGAGGUACGUACAGUGGUACCUCGGCUUACAAGGUACGAGUCGUCGCUCGGGCAAUUUUUCUCGUUUAUGUACAGUUUUCCGCCAGAAAUUUGGGAUUGGCUACUCACGGUUUUACCAGUUCAGAGAUUUUUUGGGGGGAGGGGGACGUCCCGUCUGUUAUUGGUUGAAAAAUUCUCACUAGCCCCCCUCGAAUACAAAGAUACGUACAUGUGCCGUCUUGCCGCCAAGGAACUAUGUUGGAGUGAAGUGAGUACUACCGUAAUUUCCGGCCUCCAAGACUUUUUUCACACGCUUCCAACCCUGCGGUUUAGGCGAUGAUGCGGAUAAUUUGUGCAUUUUUUCUAACGGCCGCAAGGUGGCACUCGAGCGGAAACGGUAAGAGUGAGACCGGUGGAAUAUAUGUGCCGAGGAAGUGACUUUUACCGGCCCUGUUAGCGCUGUGCUAGCUUGUUGCCGGUGUGUUACUGCCGUGUGUCAGUGAUAUUUACCGAUAGGUUUUAUUUUAACGGGCCCUGAUAGUGUUAGUGCGGCAUUAGCACUAGCAUAAGCACCGUGCUAACGCUACGCUAGUGUUAAACUCUUUGUGUGUACCAUCAUUUUUUUGUAAAUAUCUUGUGUUUGAAUGUGGGAUUCAAUGGCAGCCUACCUAUAUACCAAAUAGUAUUUCCUUUACAAGUGUACUCGGUGCGGCUUGUAACCAGGUGCGCUCUGCAGGCCGGGAAUUACGGUAGCUUCAUUUGGACCAGAACCGUCUAAUGGGAAAGAAAGCGCGUUGCCGCCAUCCUGUGGCGUCUUAAGGCAAUUCGGGAGGGCAUCAACAAGACUGCGGCAAAUUGAUCGAAAUGAAGCUCCUCAACUCACUUCAAAUUGUUUUCCUUGUUACAAUGAUCCUGAAGAAAAACUGAAAAUCUGUGGUUUUUCAGCAAAUCACACAGGGCAUAGGUUGUUCGAUAAAUGUGCAAAUUCCUGGAUGCUGUCAUGCCCUCGCAAGGAGACCCGUAAACCCCCCACCCCACCCACGGCCUUUCAUUUCUCGAACGGGAUAAACACGCAAAAUGACGACACUCUCAAGGAGCUGCUGCGGGUCCCUGCUCACGCCCAGUCGCUCACACGCAGACUAACCGGGCAAUCCUGAUGUCACUCCACUAGGCCACGCCCCUAAAAGGCACACCUCCUACGCAGCGAUCCGUCAGUACGGACAGGAAUUAAACCUUACGAAAUAAUUUUUUUCAUUGCGUGAUAUAUUUUUAUACAAUAGAUUUUUUGCAGGGUGGAGGGGUGGGGCCGAAACCGAUUAGUGGCAUUGUAAUUCAUUUCAGUGGCCAAAACGGAUUUGCGUUACGGAACGGGUUCAAGCGGUAAAUCAAGGUACCACUGUACCAAAAGCAAAUGUGGGCGGCGAAAGGAGAUACCAAAUGAAAAACACAAUUUACCAAAGUAUGUGGCAUCGAAGAAUACUUUUCUAACGUCAAGGUGCGCGCGCCAUUUUUACAUUUGUACCCGCAGACGGGAGCUUUAAAAGCGCCACUUUUUCCUCCUUCCUUCCUGCUUUGUGUGUACAUAUUCACGCGCCAAAUCACACGGGAAAAAUGACGACCCAAAAUUGUCUUUCACGUUGACUUUGUACAGUUUUUACAGCGAUCGAUAAAACCACACGACGGCGACGACGGUGGUGGUGUGUUGCCAAAGCCCGAGAUAGCCAAAGAACUCGACCGACUUCAGCUCAAGGACUUUUUCAAACUUACAACCGGAUCGGCUCACUUUUAACGCACCAAAAACAAAAACAAACAAAAAUGACCUGAAAAGAACUAAAAAUGAAGCCUCGUAAAACUUGGCAUUAUUUGCAUGUCACGCUUCUCUGCAUGCGGCGGCACCAGAACCCCCAAAAUGGACCCGAUGAACAAAACCCUUUAAUGUGACAAUAAUGCUGAUUUUUUUUUUUUUUUAUUCAUUUUUACACUCAUGCAGCAUUUAAAUUUUUUUUUUUUCAUCUUGUCCAACAUGAUCAUGUGAACUUUAACCCUGCUGUGAUGUUGUUUGAUGCAUUUCAAAAUUUAAAAAAAACGUAAUUAUUUUGCUAAAAUAAGUUUUGCGAUGGCAAUAUCAACAUUUCUCCCCAUAUUUGAGACUUUUCCAUCAUUUCAUAUUCUUCAGGGUAAAUUGACCCAUUUUUAAGUGAAGCUUAAUAAGUGUCAUCAACUCAAAUUCUGUGAUGCUUUUGAGUGAUUACACAAAAUGACCCGUUUUAAAGAAAGUCCAUUUUUAAUUGAAGACAAAUUAUGAGUCAUGGUCAGUCAAUCGGUAUUGAUUAAUUUUGGUGAUUAAGAAUGUCCCGGGUCAAAUUGACCCUGGGAUGUUGUUUCUGUUCCCGAGAAAACAGAUCUAGAUAUUCCCUUUCAAAUAAUAAUAAUAAUGAUAAUGUAAUGAGUUUCUUUAAUGGCUUUUUCCCCCUUUUCGACAGUUCUGGGUAUUGUAAAGUGUUUGGGUCAAACUGACCCGGGAAAAUUUUAGCUGUUGCUGCGAAAAAAAUAGAUUUACUCUUGAUUGACAGAAUUUGCUGGUCUUACUUUUUUCUUUACAUUUAUGAAACAUGUUCUGUGAUUUUUUUUUUUUUUCUUCCUGACACUUGUACGGGUCAAAUUGACCCAUUUAGAAAUAAUGUAGUGGGUUUAUUAUUGUAAUCAAGCAUAAAUGAUUAAUAAUUGAGUUUAACAUUUUUGUUGAUUAUGAUACGGAGUUUAACGUGUCCCGGGUCAGUUUGACCCAGGGACAUUAUUGCUAUUCCUGCAAUUUUUUAAAAAAUAAUUAGCAUUCCAUUUCUAUUCCUGGUAUUUUUUUAACCAUUUAAGAAAUUUAAUUUGGAUUGUUUAAUAAUUUUUGAUCAAUUAAAAUAAACGCGGGUCACUUUGACCCAUAAAAAUCGGACCGACGAAAACCAACGUCACAGGAAGUUUAAACUGCCCGUCUUGCAAUAUUUUGUCUCCAAAAGAUCCCAAUAAUUCAUGCAAGGUGCCAAGACUAUUAGGACACGCCUCCUAAUAAAUCAACAAAUCCAUCAUUUGAUUAGAAUCUUAAUCACUACGUUUCCCUUCCCAAUAAUUUCGUCCAUGUCGGGUGCACAAUGUGGCUUCUUUUAUUUAUUUUUUUUUUUUUUCAAUUUCAAACAUCAUUUAAAUGCAUUUUGUCUUAUUUUUAUUCAGGCAAUUGUGAGCGAAACCUAAACAAAAAAAAAAAAAAAAUGGCGGUUGACACACACACACACACAUAGAUGGGAAUGUUUUUUGUUUUUUUGUUUUCAUAUUUUGCGUCAGUGGCCCGGACCAAAGCUCUCGACUUGAUAUGCACAUUGUACAGAGACCUUUUUUUCACCACGUUGACAAUCUUGUUCCAAAAAUAAUAAUAAUAAUGUCCAGAAGAGAUGAAAAAAAGAUGUACAGACGACGAUGACGGCGCUGACUUUACCUCACUAUGAUUGCGUUAUUUAUUAAUAUUUUUGCUCUCUCUUCAUGCACUCCAUCACUCACGUGUUUGCUAACAAUUAUUACCAAAUAUUUUUUUUUUCCAGUCGACCACCUUGAAACCAAAGCUAAAAAUAUUCUGCUGUUUUUUUGUUUUCUUUUCUAAACAAUAAUAAUGCUAAUAAAACUGUAUUUAAUCUAUGGUGGAGCAAUAUCUGUUUUGGUCCAUAUUUUUGUUGGUUUAUUACUAAGAAAGGCGAAAAACGGAAACGCUUCAAACUGUCUACACUGAUUUGUACCAUAAUGUUAGGAAUAAACAAUUGUUUGACAUCAAUCUGCUCAAAUUGUAAUUUAUUCAUAUUUUUAUACGGUGUUUGCCCUUUUUAUUUAUUAAAAAAUUGAA